AGCCUAUCCCAAACCUUAACCGUUACUUUAACCAUUCGGAGUUAAUACCUAACCUUAAAGUGUGGUAGUUAAUGCCUAAACUUAAACAUUCUGAUUUAAAUCCUAAACUGUGAGACUGUGAGAGCUUCAGCCACUCCAUUGUGUUAGUGCACUCCCUUAAGGACGGGAUUUAUCGAACAUCAGGAAGACACCCUACUCACUCAACGAGUCAGUUCACAGUCGCAACUCUAGAUUUAACAGUGCAACUCUCUAAACACGCGCGUUUGGGUUUAGUGCUUUUUCUACAGACAACAGCCACGCUGUUUUUGACGAGCGCCAGCGCCGAACUUUAAUUUAUGGAUUUAACCAGCCAAGUUGUGACGCAUUUGGUUUCCCUGUGUUGUUAACACGUUAUGAAGCCACAUCUUGUCGUCUAUUUGUGUAACAGGAAUUUUAGUCUAGGCAUUUGUGACUUGAAUAACAAUCCGGAUCGGGAGUAUAAUUUAAUAUGAAUGACAACAAUAUGGAUUCUGAUCAAGUUCAACAAGCAGAUGGCAGCACAUCAGAAGAAUCAAUAAGUAGUCCUAAUCAAAGGAUGACAAGAUAUCAGAUCCUCACAUUGAUAUCAAUGGCAUCUGUCAACUUCAGCUCAAUGAUCUGCUACUCUAUACUGGGGCCAUUCUUCCCCAACGAGGCCAUGAAAAAAGGAGCCAGUCAGACUGUCAUCGGACUUAUAUUUGGCUGCUAUGCUCUGUGCAAUCUGAUGGGCUCUUUAGUACUGGGUAAAUAUAUUGUCCAGAUCGGGGCAAAGGUCAUGCUAAUUUCAGGCUUAUUCGUAUCAUCGGGGUGCACCAUUCUCUUUGGCUUACUCGACCGAGUUCCCGAGGGAGCUACGUUUAUUACUUUGUGCUUUAUCAUAAGGUCUGUUGAUGCUCUGGGCUUCAGUGCUGCAAUGACUUCUUCUUUUGCAAUUUCGGCAAAAGUUUUCCCCAACAACAUAGCAACUGUUCUGGGUAGUUUGGAGAUCUUUACAGGGCUGGGUCUGAUACUGGGACCACCAAUAGGUGGAUGGCUGUAUCAGUCUUUUGGUUACGAAGUCCCUUUCAUGGCUCUGGGAUGCUUUCUAUUUCUCAUGGUCCCCUUCAACAUCUACAUCUUACCAAGCUUUGCUGCUGAUCCUACCAAGGACUCCUUCUUCAGGCUGUUCACACGUCUGAAGAUAGUCCUCAUUUGCUUUGCCAUAUUCACCCUGAGCUCUGGACUUGGCUUUCUGGAUGCAACCUUGUCCAUAUAUGCCAUUGAUAAGUUUGACCUCUCUCCAGGUUAUGUGGGUCUUCUCUUGCUUGGCCUGUCAUUGCCUUACUGUCUGGCCUCACCUCUGCUUGGUAUCGUUAGUGACAGGUUCCCUUCCACAAGGCCAUGGUUGAUGGUGCUAGGAGGCUUGUCUACAGCAACUGGUUUCUGGUUCUUAGGUCCUGUCCCCAUUCUGCAGAUACAGAGUCAGCUGUGGCUGUUGGUCUUCAUGCUGGGUGUCAUAGGAUUCUCUCUAAGCAUGAUUGCCAUCCCCACCUUCCCUGAAAUACUCAACUGUGCAUAUGAAAAUGGAUUUGAGGAGGGGCUGAGCACUCUCGGACUGGUGUCUGGAUUGUUUGGAGCAGUGUGGUCCAUUGGAAUGUUUUGUGGUCCAACGCUCGGUGGCUUCACCACACAGCAGCUGAGCUUUGAGUGGGCUGCUUCUGUUCAAGGAGGCCUGGCCUUUUUAGCCGCUUUCUUUCUUGGUAUAUAUUUUCUCUGUCAAGGAACACGACAAAGAAGGGCUCCUCAGAUCAAGAGGAAAAUACCUUCAGAUGAACGUACCCGUCUUCUGUCCUGAACAACGAUCAUCUACCAGGAACAUGUACAGUGAGAGAUGGGUACCAAACAAUAAACACCACUUCUUAAAAUAUUAUGUCUAUGUAU